AUGGCACAGCCGCACUUUCCCUCCCUUUCGUCCUUCCUCCCCCUUUUCGUUCUCGCCAUGGACGACAACGCCUCAGCGACGGUGGCCUCCCGCGACUCGGCCGUCCCCCACGGCUCGGCCGCGCACCUCCACCCCAUCGAGUCGGCCCCCACCCGCACCGACUCCAACGCGGACAAGGACGAGCAGGACAACGACGGCGAGAACGACGAGAAGACGGGCAACACCGCGGUCGCGUGGGACUGGAAGUUCUGGUGCAUCAUCGCCUCGCUCGCCAUCACGCAGCUCCUCACCGCCAUCGAAUUCACCUCCGUCGGCACGGCCCUCCCGGUCAUCACCCAGGACCUGAGCGGGCAGAACUAUAUCUGGAUCGGCUCGGCGUACAACCUCGCGUCCACCGCGCUGCUGCCCUUCUGCGGGGGCCUCGCCGGGAUCUUCGGCCGGAGAGCGGUGAUGCUCGCCGCCAUCCUCGUCUUCAUGAUCGGCAGCGCGCUCUGUGGCGCAGCAACAUCGAUGAACUUCCUCAUCGCCGGGCGAACGGUACAAGGUCUGGGCGCCGGGGCCACCGUGUCGCUCAUCCAAAUCAUCAUCUCCGACAUGAUUCCCCUCAAGUCGCGCGGCAUCUUCAGCGGCAUCAUUGCGACCUCGUUUGGCAUCGGCGCCGGCGCGGGGCCUGUGAUUGGCGGCUCGCUCGCGGGAGAGCGGCCACUGGCGCUGGCUGUUCUACAUGAACCUGCCGAUCGGCGGGCUGUGUGCGGUCAUGAUACUGCUGUUCGUCCGCCUGCGCGUGCCCGAUGUGCCGCUGCGGGAAAAGCUCGAGCGGCUCGAUAUCAUUGGAAAUGCGAUCAUCGUGGCAUCGACAACGUCGAUGGUGUUGGCGCUCACGUGGGGCGGCACGGUCGGCUUUGUCGGGCUUGCGGCGCUGUUGGCGUACGAGGCGACUAUUCCGAAGCAUCCCAUCAUCCCCAUGUCCUUGAUGUCGACCCGCACACGGCGUUUAGCGGCUAUGUGCAGAACUUCCUCUCUGCUGUGGCUCUGUCUGCUGUUGGCUACUGGCUACCAGUGUACUUCCAGGCCUGCAAAGGCGCCUCGCCCAUCGCGUCCGGCGUCGACGCCUUCGGGAUCACCUUCACCGUUGCGCCGCUGGCCGCCAUCACCGGCGCGCUGAUCAACCGCACGCACCGCUACCGCGCGCCGAUGUGGUUCGCGUGGGCGCUGAUCGUGGCCGGCGGCGCGCUCCUGGGGACCGUGCACGUGGACACCCCCCCGCAUGCGCGUGAUCGGCUACGAGAUCCUGCUGGGCUCCGGCAUCGGCAUCAUCUACGUCGCGGCGCGCUCGCGUACUUUUUCUUCCUGCGGCAGUUUGCGCUGAUCUGGGGCGUCACGAUCGGCGGCACGAUCCUGCAGAACAAGCUGACGUCGACGCUGCCGGACUCGUUCCUCGCCGAGUUCCCCGGGGGCACGCAGAUCGCGUUCGCGAUCAUCCCGUCGCUGGGCAGCCUGCCGCCGCCGCUGCGCGCGGCCGUGCGGGACUCGUUUGCGCACGCGUUCCGGCUGCUGUGGCGCGUGCUCGCGGGGCUCGGCGGCGCGGGGCUGCUCAGCAGUCUCGUGAUGAAGGGGCUGCGGCUGCACACGGAGGUGGGACGGGACGUAUGGCCGCGAGGAGGGCCGGAAGGAUGUCGAGAAGCGGUGAAGCGUAAAAUGAACGCUUACUAUCAUGUGUAUUAG